AAUACACACACAAACGUAAGAUACGUACGUAAGCGAACGCAACAAUGGCGACCUAAGGAAUUGGCGUGCGCUUCUUCACUCGAUAUCAUUUUGACACCCCACCAGUGUUUACGCUGCCUCGAUAUAAGAAUCUAUGAAGGUGAAAUUCGUUAGUGUUAAGGAAAAAUAUGUGACUUAUAAAAGAGUAAUUUGAAAAAAGAAGUGGCUCGUUAUACGUCUCUCUCUCAAAAGUUAUUUAAGCGCACGACACGAUUCAUGGUGUUGGUCUUUGGCGAAAAAACUCACGAACGAUGUAUACUACCAUAUCGCGCCAGAUGUAACGCACUGUGGUGCUCGUACGGCAUGGUAAAAUAGGGGAAGAGAACGAAGGAGAUGAGCCACAAUAUUGCAGGCAUGCCACCCUUCGCGAGGAUGCCUUUGGGGGGUAUGGGAAUGGGUGUGAGCAUGGGUCCUAGUGCCCCGCAUCCUGAAACUUCUGCUCACCCCCAUCCUCCGCCACCACCACCUGCCGGUGCCAAUCCUAAGAAAAAAAGGCGUACCAAUGCCAGCGUAGCACAGCCACCCCCGCAACAACCUCCAACUGCACAGGAUUUACUACCUCCACCAUUAACCGGUUAUGGGGAUACGAUAGUCGCGAGUAAUCCAUUUGACGAUACGCCCCCACAGACCACUCAAAGUCCCAUGAUGCACGGCGGUCCACCACAUAUGCAUCCUCAUCAUCCUCAUCAUAUGGGUGGACCGCCGAUGCGUGGUAUGAGUCCUCUUACUUCUAUUGGCGGUAUGAGUCCUAUGAUGCCACAUAAUAUGGGUAGUAUGAGCCCAAUGGGUAAUUCACCAAUGACAAAUCAUAUGAACCACAUGGGUGGAAUGUCUCCCAUGAAUCAUACGCCUAUAGGUGGUAUAAGUCCUAUGAAUAAUAUGGGACCAAACAUGCCGCCAGGUCCAAUGAAUACUAUGAAUAAUCAUAUGAACAUGAGUCAUAUGGGAAAUUCGCAAUUAAGCGGUCCACCUAUGGGUAGUCCAAUGAAUAACAUGAACAGUGGACCCAUGGGUAGUCCCAUGAAUAAUAUGGGCCAUAGUAUGGGAAGUCCUAUGGGUGGUCCAUUAGGAUCACCCAUGAACACUAUGGGUGGAUCGAAUCAUAUGCCAAACGGACCAAUGAACAUGAACAAUAUGAAUAGCCAUAUACCACCCAAUAGUCCUUUAAAUGGUCCGUCUAUAAACAAUGUUAAUGUCAACAGUCCGUUAGGACAUAAUGGAUCUCAACCACAUCCGAAUCAUAUGGGAAAUAAUCUUAGUAAUAUAGGAAGACCUAUGAAUGGUCCUAUGACAACCAUGAGUUCUAUGGUCUCGAAUAAUAUGAAUAUGAGCGGGCCAAGUCAAAUGAAUAAUAUCAAUAUGGGUGGUCCACCAAUGAACAAUAUGUCCAAUAUGAAUAUGAGCCAUCAUAAUCAAAUGGGACAUAUGCCAGGACCAAUGGGUACAAUUUCCAGCAAUAUAGGAGGUGGUCCACCUAUGGGUCAUGCUAUAAAUAUGGGUGGAUCUAUGCCACCUCAUGGAUUUCAAGGCCCACCUGGAAUGGGCCCAAAACCAAUGCCUGUUUCUGCAGGAAAAAUAUAUCCUCCGGAUCAAGCUAUGGUAUUUAAUCCACAAAAUCCUAACGCACCACCAAUUUAUCCUUGUGGAGUUUGCCAUAAAGAGGUGCACGAUAACGAUCAAGCAAUUCCUUGUGAAUCUGGUUGUAAUUUUUGGUUUCAUAGGGGAUGCACAGGAUUGUCGGAGACAGCCUUUCAACUAUUAACUGCAGAAAUUUAUGCCGAGUGGGUGUGUGAUAAGUGCUUGCAAUCGAAAAGCAUACCUUUGGUUAAGUUUAAACCAUAACACUUCUUGACCCGUCGUAUAUGCGACGCACGAGUGACUCUUUGUUAGCGUUUACACUUUGUACACGCACACACAUGCGCGUGCGAUUGCACACACGUAUACACACACACACACAUACAUACAUACAUACAUACAUACAUACAUACAUACAUACAUACAUAUACACAAACAUACACACAUA